AGUCGAGAAGUGUGUCAGCCGUCGUGCGAGAGAUAAAUCGCCGACGUCGGCGGUUCGCGGGUCAAAUUAGAGACUCGGACGCAAAAGUGCAUUCGCAGCACCAUUGCUCCUCGUUUUCUGUUUCCACAAGCCUGCUUUCUUAUCUCGCUGUAGACAAACAAUAACACUUGAACCCUUUCGAGGCCGUGGCCGUCACUCAGCACCGACGUGGCCGAUCUGUCGGCCGAUCCGUCUCCGACUGGUUAUCCGGUUAAUUAAUUGUUCUCCGUAUCAUUCGAUUGCCGCUAAUCUUGGUUGAACGAUAAGGAGCCUCUGGAGUUCUAAUUGACCGGCGUUUACAACGAAUUGUUUGCGAUUGCUGUAAGAACCUUAUUCAGAUUCAGCCUUGAGAUGUUUUCAGCCGUCUGAGUUCAUUUCACUCCGUUUUAUUAGCAAAUUAUGACAAAUAUGAAUGAAAUUGACAAUAUUUUGGGUGCCUACGAGUCUGGGAGCGAAAUGCCGCCCAAGGGCGCGAGUAAAAAGGGCGGCCGGCACAGAAAAGGACGCAAAAACAUGGCGAGUCUGAACGGCACGGCCGAGGACGAGGUGAGCCUGAUGGCCGCCGGCGAACUGGAGCUGGACGACGACUUCCAGCUGCUGCACGACACCAAGCGGAAAAAGCAGCCGUCGGCGGCCAAGCACAAGUUCGAGCCCGAGGAAAACGUCUCCACCAUCGCCGUCCAGGUCUUCAUACCCUUCCUUGUGGCCGGACUCGGCAUGGUCGGCGCAGGUCUCGUCUUGGACAUUGUCCAGCAUUGGGAAGUGUUCCGAGUAGUUUCCGAAGUAUUUAUCCUGGUGCCAGCCCUGCUCGGCCUCAAGGGCAACCUCGAAAUGACGCUGGCCUCUCGUCUCUCCACGCAGGCCAAUCUCGGCUACAUGGACACUCCGAAGCAACAGUGGAGUCUCAUCGUCGGAAACCUGUCAUUAAUUCAGUGUCAGGCGAUCGUGGUUGGGUUUUUGGCUUCGAUGGCUGCUAUGAUCAUGGGCUGGAUCCCAGAGGGAAAGUUCGACAUCGACCACGGCCUUCUGCUGUGCGCUAGCAGUUUGGUCACUGCCUCUCUUGCUAGUUUUGUUCUAGGUAUUGUGAUGAUUGCUGUGAUACUCGCUUCGAGGAAAUUCAACAUAAACCCCGACAACGUUGCCACUCCCAUUGCCGCCAGCAUGGGAGAUCUGAUCACCAUCACCCUGCUCUCGUGGAUUGCCUCGCUCCUCUUCGAAGCAAUUGGUACUCGGCCGUGGUUGGCGCCCCUGAUCAUCGGCUUCUGUCUGCUGCUGACUCCGUUCUGGGCCUGGCUCUGCCGGCAGAACAAGUACACGAAGGAGGUGCUCAGCUCAGGGUGGACGCCCGUCGUUCUGGCCAUGCUCAUCAGCAGCAUCGGAGGCGUCAUUCUCGACCUGACCGUGGCUCUGUUCAAGGGUAUCGCCGUCUUUCAACCGGUCAUCAACGGCGUGGGUGGCAACCUGGUUGCGGUCCAGGCCAGUCGGAUCUCGACCUCCCUGCACAGGGACGGCAAACUGGGCGUCCUGCCGUCCUACGCGUCCAAGAUCUGCAUCAACCCUAUCACCGUUUUCUGUGCCAAGGGAGGCCAUGCGAGAACUGCUCGAGUGUUGAUGGCGAUGGUCAUUCCUGGCCACUUGAUAUUCUCAUACACAAUCAGCUACUUACAAGCGGGUCACACAUCCUUAACUCCCAUUUUUGUUGUUAUUUAUUUGAUAGCAGCUGUCAUUCAGGUAUUUUUGUUGCUCUACGUUGCUCACGUGAUGGUACACUGGAUGUGGACAAAACGGAUCGACCCCGACAACUCUGCGAUCCCGUACCUGACUGCCCUGGGCGACCUUUUGGGCACAGGUCUCUUGGCCAUGGCGUUCCAGUUCCUCUACGUGAUCGGCGACCGCGACAGUGACGUCGGAGACUAAGCGAAAGAAAGAAAGACAAACGAAAGUAUAAAUCUCAGAACUUGUUCAGUGAUGUUGUUGGUUGGUAUGGAGCCUCUAGUCCUGCUAUGUUCACUUCAGGUUUGCCAUAAAUAUUUAGAAAAACUCGUGUCAUUUGUGUAAAGAGAAUCAAAAGUAAAAAAGACAAAUUUUUUAAUAGUUUUGUCUGAAUUAUUGUUUGGCAGGAGAAAAAGAUGUAUUAUUUUUAAGAAGAGGUUUAUAUUGAAGGAGUCUGAUGAGGACAAAUAAUUAUUGCAAACAUUGUUAAGUUUUAAAUUGAAUUCUGCUGUUGUUUAUGAUAUCGGGAGAUUAUUUCGAAUCGCGUGACUUGCCAAGUGAAAUUUUAAUUGAACCAAAUGGUGCCUUAAGAAUCAAUUCUCUUGAUGUUCUCUUUGUGUUUUUUUUCGCCCACCAAAAUGUGUUUUCGAGUUUAAUUACAAACAAACAAUGAUAAUAUCGUUCUAAGCUCUGAUUUCAAGAACACGAAAUUUAUAUUAACUUAUUAUUGUUUCCCCAUUGUAACGUGUAGAAAUAAAUAAAUACAUAUCAAUUAA